AUGGCCCAAUCCACCAAAUGCUAUCUUCCUCGGUUCGCUUCGACGGUUGACGGGCCUAAACGCCCAGUCUCGAUGAAGACGAGACCAACGGCCGCUCAACAUGCGCAGUUAUUAACCGCAUGGAGCGAAGGCCGUCUGGAUCCAAUCCUACGAGCCACUUGGGCUCUGUUGUUGCAUUACUAUAUCCGCUCCGAGGAUAUUUGCUUCGGUUACCAACAUCUCGAGGCCGACCCCCACUCUCCCAAAUCUUCUGUACAGCGUUCCACGGACGUCAACAUCUCGACGAUCCGCAUAUCCAUCAACGACAAUGACUCCCUCAUAGAAAUUGUAGAUAAGAUGCGCGCAAGUAGUGCGAACCGCCAUGGAAGCUCGGAGGCCGCUUCCAAGUCAUACCUUCCUUUCAACACCAUCUACAUGCUGCGUACAUAUGACCCGCCUGCUUCUCUUUCAAAACCCAUUCUGGCACCGGCUCUCCCGGAGGAGUGUCAAGUCCGCCUUCAUGUUAAGGUGCUGCGUGGAGACAUCAGCAUCUUCCUUGAAUGGCGCAAGGGUGACAUGUCUGGGGAGCAGAUGAAGAGUAUUGCAAACAUUUUUGAGCAGUUGCUUGCCAAAGUCCUUUCCGCUGAGAACACCGCUAUUAGCCAGCUUAAUUUGUUCUCCGAAAAUGACUGGCAACGCAUCCGCAAGUGGAACUCCACUAUUCCAAAGCUUCACGAUCGCUGUAUUCACGAAGCUAUUCAUGAUCAAAUGCUUAGCGGACCUGAUCGUGAGGCUGUGUGUGCGUGGGAUGGAAGUUUGACCUUCGGCGAGUUGGACUACCAAGCGUCGAAGCUUGCAUGUUAUCUUCGCAUGCAGGGCGUUGGGCCAGAAGUCCGCGUGGCUCUGUGUUUCGAAAAAUCGAAAUGGAACGUCGUCGCAAUGCUUGGCGUGAUGAAGGCGGGCGGAGCCUUCGUCCCAUUGGACCCGACUCACCCAACUUCCCGUCUUCAAGCUCUCAUCCAAUCGGUUCAGGCCCCGGUUGUGUUGUGCUCCCAGCAUCUUGCCGAAAAACUUCGUCCUAUUGUGAACACUUUAAUACCUCUCUGUUCUGAUACAUUAGAUCCUCUGUCUGAUCCCACAGACAGUGUUGAUCUUGCGUCAGGUGUCACAAGUCAAAAUGCGGCUUAUGUUCUGUUUACCUCUGGAUCAACAGGAGAACCCAAGGGUACACUCUUGGAGCACCGCGCGUUCCUGUCUGGAGCCAUGCACCAUGGGCCCGGUCUGCACAUUCAUCGCGAGUCGCGAUGCCUUCAAUUUGCCGCCCACACAUUCGAUGCCAGUUUGGCCGAGUGUUUGACGCCACUCAUUCAUGGUGCAUGUGUCUGUAUUCCAAGCGAGGAAGCUCGUCUUAAUGAUAUUGUGACUACCAUCAACGAGAUGCGAGUCAAUCACGCCUGCUUCACGCCAUCAUUCAUCGGCUUUAUUGAAAUCGACAGUGUCCCAGGACUGGAGAGUUUGGUUCUGGCCGGGGAGGCAAUGUCGCAAUCGCAACUGGCCACUUGGUCGAGACUCCAACUGAUCAAUGGUUACGGACCUACCGAGGCUAGUGUGGCAUCCGUACUCAACUCCAAUGUCACACCUGAAACAGAUUGUAAAGAUAUCGGCCUGCCCAUUGGUGUGAGGGCUUGGCUCGUGAACGCUGAUAACCACGAUGAGUUGGUCCCCGUGGGCUGCCCUGGAGAAUUACUUUUGGAAGGCCCACCCCUGGCCCGGUGCUACGUGAAUAACCCACACAAGACAAACGAAUCGUUCAUUUACGACCCUGCGUGGACUAGCUUGGACCCCGAAAGUCGCUCCAACCGUAGAUUCUACAAGACAGGUGACCUCGCUAGGUACAACUCCGACACAGGUGCCCUGAAUUAUAUCGGUCGGAAAGAUACACAGGUCAAGGUUCACGGCCAACGAGUCGAGCUCGGCGAAAUUGAGAAUCAGCUCAGCAAAGAUUCGAACGUCACUCACUGUUCUGUUCUUUUCCCCAAGGCUGGAUUCUCCAAGGGACGCCUAGCCGCGGUUCUCUCCCCUGCCGGAUUACUUGCAGAGCAACCUGAUUUGGACUUGGAGCCUCUAAAACUCGUCUCCGCCUCGAAAAAGGCUGAGCUUGUUCCCGGUAUCCGAGAGGGCCUUUCAGCCCGCCUCCCUACUUACAUGGUCCCUGCGGUCUGGUUGUGUGUUGAAGCUCUUCCACGUCUACCAUCAGGGAAACUAGACCGCAAGGGUAUCUCCACUUGGGUCGCAGGUAUGGAAAGUGAUCCAGAUCUUCAGAAAAAUGCCUCUGUCGCAAUCGUCGGCACGGAGGCCUCGCAGCCCAGCAACGAUAUAGAGGAAGCUUUGGCUGCUGUAUAUAGCCGUGUCCUCAAUAUUCCCCCGAACCAGCUCAAUUUGAACGAGAGCUUCCUCGCCCUUGGUGGUGAUUCAAUCGCAGCCAUGACAUGUAUCGGUCUCUGCAAGAAAAGAGGAUUCUCCCUCUCUGUACAAGAGCUGCUCCGCAGCAAAUCAAUUCGCGACCUCGCAACUCGCGCAAAGAUAAUCGAUCAUCUCACGACUUACGAAGAAGCCGUUGACGAACCAUUCAAUCUGUCCCCGAUCCAGAUCCUCCACUUUGGCGUACGCAAAGAAGGCCAAGGGCACUUCAACCAAGGAAUUCUUACUCGAUUGAAUAAACCUGUCACUGAACAAGCCCUCCGCAAAGCUGUCGAAGCUUUGGUAUCUCGGCACUCCAUGCUCCGUGCAAGAUUUACGGACACUGGAUUUGCAACGGCUUCGAGUCAACACAUCACUCGCGAUAUCAAAGGAUCUUACAGAUGGCGGAUGCACACUCUCGUGAGCAUGGACGAGGUCAAGCCCCAUAUUGCGGACAGUCAGUCUUCCAUCAACUGCUUUUCUGGCCCGUUACUUGCUGUCGAUUAUUUCUUGAUGAAGGGUCAGCCUAAUGUCCUGUCAAUGACGGCUCACCACCUGGUUGUCGACAUUGUCUCUUGGAGGAUAAUUUUGGAAGACUUGGAAGACAUCAUCUUGAACCCCGAGAAGACGGAAACAAGUGACAGCUCCCUGCCGUUCCAGACCUGGUGCCGCCUGCAGAAUGAGCACUGCAACGCCCUACGGGCGGAGCAUAAGAUUGCAACCGAGGCUCUCACUACACCCAACUUUGGGUACUGGGGUCUCAAGGACACUCAAACUACAUAUGGUGAUGUGGAUUGUGCGUCGUUUGAAAUUGACUCAGCCCACACAAAUGCCAUUCUCCUGGAUUGCCACAAAGCUCUUGGCACCGAGCCAAUUGACCUCUUCCUGGCAGCAAUGCUUCACUCGUUUGGUCGAGCCUUCCCGGAUCGUUCCCUUCCAACGAUCUACAAUGAAGGCCAUGGACGAGAGGUCUGGGACUCCUCCAUUGAUAUCUCACAUACCGUUGGCUGGUUUACCAUCUUGCACCCAAUUUUUGUGUCUGCAUAUAAGGCAGACAACCCCAUUGAUACCCUCAUCCAGGUGAAGGAUCUUCGCCGUCGUGUCUCAGACAAUGGUCGCGCAGAUUUUGCCAGCCGCGUUCUACCAGCGCAGGACAAUCAGGACUCGGAGCACCCCCACCCCUUCGAGAUGUCAUUCAACUACGUUGGCCAACAUCGAGAUCUGCAGAGGACAGAUGGUCUUUUCCAACUUGUUGACCAGAUGGCUGGAGAAGCUGGCCAAGGAGGCGGUGCCGCUGACUUUGGUGCCAAUACUCCCCGCUUCGGUCUGUUCGAGAUCUCAGCGAUGGUUGUGGCUGGAAAGGUUCGAUUCAACUUCUCUUUCAACAAAUUUAUGCAGCACCAAAGUCGCAUUCACCGAUGGGUUUCCGAAUGCCAGGAGCUGCUAGUAAAUCUUGCUGAGAAGCUUCCUACCCUUGCACCCCGUAUGACUCUGAGCUCGUUCCCCAUGCUCUCGUUGAGCUACCCUACCUUGGACAAGUUGCUUCAUGAGAAGCUGCCUGCUAUGGGUAUCGAGUCCCCAGACCUUGUCGAGGAUAUCUAUCCUUGCUCUCGCAUGCAGCAGGGUAUUCUCCUUGGUCGCAAGCGAGAUAGCUCCUACUAUGCCGUACACGACACUUUCGAAAUUGCAGCUACCGGAUCCAGCGAGCCCAACCUCGAUCGUCUAGUCAAUGCAUGGCAGCAGGUAGUUUCUCAUCACGCCAUGUUCCGCACGAUCUUCGUUGAGAAUCUCACCCCUCGGGACCCCUUCUGCCAGGUUGUACUGAAGAGUUGUGAUGCUACUCCUGUCUUCUUGCGGUCUUCAGGGGACGAUGACGUACUGGCUACCUUUGAUAGGGAAGACCCUAAAGAUUACAGUGAGCCGGAACCGGCGUAUCGUUUCACUAUUUGCCAGACACCCACUGGCAGACUGUUUGCCCGCAUUGAGCUCAGUCAUGCCGCGAUGGAUGGUAACUCGAUCUCGAUCAUCUUCCGUGACCUGCAGCUCGCAUACGCUGGCAGACUCGAGGAAAUUCCCCAGCCUCUGUUCAGGGAUUAUAUGCAAUACCUUCAGGAUGCGCCGAAGGAAGCCAGUAUUAAUUACUGGAGCUCAUAUUUGAACCAAGCCAAGCCGUGUCACUUCCCUGCCCUCACCGACGGCCAGCAGUCGGCAAAGGCACUUCGGUCCAUUCCUGUCAAAUUUGGAGCACUCACUGAACUCCAAACGGUCUGUGAGAAACAUGGAAUCACUCUCGCAAAUGUCUUUAAUGCGGCGUGGGGCCUUACGCUCCGCGCCUUCUGUGGAACUGACGACGUUUCCUUCAGCUACAUGGCAUCCCUGCGUGACGUGUCUGCUGACGGUGUCCAGUGGGUUGUUGGACCGGUCAUCAAUCUUCUAGUCUGCCGCAUGAAGGUCUCUGAUAAGGCAACGCUCAGUGAUGUUUUACAUCAAAUACAGAACGACUACAUAGAGAGUCUGCCCUACCGCCACACUUCGCUCAUUGACAUCCAGCAUGCUUUGAAGCUGUCCGACACCAAUCUUUUCAAUUCCGGUGUCUCCUACCGCAGGCUUCCAAGUUCUAAGGAUGCUGUCAGUAGUGAUAUCCAGUGCGUUGAGGUUGGUUCGAUCCACGAUCCUGCUGAGUUCCCGGUUUUCAUCAACAUUGAGGCCAUGGACACCACGGCUCGCAUCGAACUAAACUACUGGACUACCAACCUCUCUGAUUCACAGGCUGUCAAUGUGGCCAACACAUAUCUCCGUUGCCUAGAGAAUAUUGUGUCGAACAUCGACGGUGAAAUCCGUCAGCUCGACAACUUGAGCGAAGAGAACCGAGCUCAGAUCAUGGCUUGGAACAGCAAGACACCCAAGCCAUUUGAGAAGUGCGCCCACCACGUUGUUCAGGAGAUGGCCAAAAAGCGGCCUGAUGCGUUGGCUGUCACUGCUUGGGAUGGGAACCUGACUUACUCAAAGCUAGAUCAAUUUUCUUCCCGCUUGGCAAGUUACCUGGUUACCUUCGGUGUCGGUCCUGGCACUGUGAUCCCCAUCUCCUUCGAGAAGUCUGUGUGGAACAUGGUCUCCACAUUGGCAGUCAUGAAAGCCGGAGGUGGCUGCAUUCCAGUUGACACACCCGGGAGCCUGACUCUUGUUGAGAGGUGGAUUGCCGACAACGCCGUGCAAGUCGCCUUGGCUUCCCCGGAGAACGCGCAGAUCCUGGAAGAUGCUGUACCCUACGUGAUCCCCGUCAGCGAGUCUCUACUCGAGUACCUUACAGAUGAGGUUCUCAACCCCGUGGCACAAUCGUCCGACAUUGCAUAUGUCGCAAUGACUGCUGGGACAUCUGGUCCGGCUAAGAGUGUCGUACUUGACCAUUCAACUGUCAUGACCCGGGCGGAGGCAUUCGCUACUACAAUGGCGAUCGCAGAUGUCUCUAGGACUCUGCAGUUCGCACCUCAUACAUCCGAUGCAUUCAUCCUCGAGGCAUUCGGCACUUUCAUGUGGGGUGGCUGCGUGUGCAUCCCUGCUGAUAUUGACCCUCUCAACUUGGCAACCUCUAUCAACGCACUACAUGUUAAUGUUGCCAGCAUUACCCCGACAGCUGCAAGCUUUUUCUCACCCAAGGAUGUUCCAGCGUUGCGCUCUAUUGCCCUGGGUGGUGAAGCUGUUUCUCAGAGUGUCCUGGACCACUGGCAGACUGACGAUCUCCAAUUGCAGGUCUUGUAUGGAACGUCUGAGAGCUCCGCCGCUUGCUUCCACGUAUUCUGUUCUCAGCACGAAAAUGAGUCUACCCUCAUCGGCAAAAGUACUUCUUGUCUCUCGUGGAUUGUCGACCAAUCCAAUCACGAUCGUCUUGUUCCGAUCGGUAGCGUUGGAGAAUUGGUACUCGAGGGCCCUGUGCUUGCCCGUGGCUACCUCGGUGAUCAGUCCACUGAGAGCCGCGACUUCUUCGAGAACAGUUCUUGGUUUGGAGUAGAGAGCAAACACCGCUUGUUCAAGACUGGGGAUCUUGUUCGGUACAACUCCGAUGGCUCCUUGGUUUUCGUCGGCCGAAAGAAUGAUAAAAUUGAAUCAGGCUUGGCUAGCGAGCUUGUUCAGACCCAGACACGCAUAGAUGCUUUGCUCGACCACAAGAAGCAGUGUGUUGUACAGAGCGUGCCACUGCAACGUGAAAAUAUGAGGACUAAUGCUCUUGUUGCUUUUGUCGUCGCCUCGGACACCCCGGUUACCUUCGAGGAUCGUGUCCUCCAGCCCGCGAGUUCUAAGUUGAAAGACUACAUCUCUAAUCUUCAUGCCAAGUUGAGUACCAGUCUUCCUGGUAGCAAGGUUCCUAGUUUCUACAUCCCCAUUUCCUCUCUCCCCUUAACCAUCUCUGGAAAGCUAAAUCGCCAGGCCCUGCAAGCCGAAACGCAAGCGCUUUCAAGCAGCGCUGUCGAGACUUUCGACAUCAAACAUUGGCAUGAAUCCAAGGCUGGAAACCGCCAUCCACGCCAAGCCAGCCUCUCCGAGCCCAAAAUCGCUUUCUGGAAGCAAUAUCUUGCCGAUCUCGAACCCUGUGUUUUCCCGGCACUCUCCCACGAGGCAAUCGAUGAUGGCCGCUCCACCCGCACACUCAAUAAGCAGACAGCCAACAUCCAUGCCUUCAGCAGAAUCUCUGGCAUUCCUAUGGAAACUAUCUUCCAGUUUGCAUGGGCAGUUGUCCUCCGGUGGUACACUGGCUCCGAUGAUGUGUGCUUCGGAUAUUCCGCCUUCGAUGCGGAGACCAAAUUGGACGCCGAAGGCGUUGCCACCUGCCGUUUCCUCGUACAGAACGACCGAAAGCUGUACGAUACUCUCCAACAAGCAAAGAAGGACUAUGAUAACAGUUUGAUGAACGCCGCUCCCUUGGACGCCGUCAGGCAUCACCUUGGACUUGAUGAUAUAACCCUCUUCAACACCUCCAUGAUAUACCGUACUGCCUCCAAUCUCUCCAAAGAAUGUACCCGUGAGCCAACCACCUUUGGUACUUACAAGAUCUUGGUUGAUGCCGAAGUCUCGCAUUCACAUGCCGUGAUCCACUUCAACUACUCUUCAGAAACCCUUCCCUCCUUCCAGGCCAGCCAUUUGAUGGACGUAUUUGAUCAAGUCCUAGACGAUCUGAUAGCUCAAAACCUCCAUGACCGUACGGUCGGAGAUAUCAACGUGUUACCGGAACGCUCUGUCAGUCAGAUCCGCGAUUGGAACGCUGCAUCUCCUCCCAGAGUAGAGAAGUGCGCCAACGAGCUCAUUCAGCAGCAGGCUCUGCUCCACCCUCGCGCAGAAGCCAUCUGCUCCUGGGAUAAGAAUUUCACUUAUGGACAGCUUGAAAUUGUAUCGAGUCGCUUGGCCCGCCAUCUGUCCAGUAUUGGAGUCAGACCUGAAGUCUUUGUUGUCCUCUGUUUCGAGAAGUCGGCUUGGGCUGUCGUUGCCCAGCUAGCUAUUCUCAAGGCCGGUGGAGUUUUCGUUUCCAUUGACCCAACGCACCCCGAUUCCCGACUGAAGAUGCUUAUAGAAGAAAUCGGCACUCAACUUGUUUUAUGCUCAUCUUCACUCCACACCAAAGUUUCGAAGCUGUGCGAAAAAGCUUUCGCUGUUUGUCAGACUUCAAUCUCCCAACUUUCUGACUCACCUUUGGCCUUGCCUGGUGUUCGUCCUACGCCGGACAAUGCUGCAUAUGCCAUUUUUACCUCCGGCACCACUGGAAAGCCGAAAGCGACAGUUGUUGAGCAUACUGGCUUGAGUACCACAGCGAUCGCCAUGAUCGACUCCCUGCACAUGAACUCUACAAGCCGUAUUCUGCAGUUCUCUAACUAUACAUUUGAUGUUAGCAUUCUCGAGAUCAUGAUGACUCUCAUGACCGGUGGCUGUGUCUGUAUUCCCAGUGAGGAGGAACGUAUGAAUAACCUGGCUGGUGCUAUCCGCCGUAUGGAAGCCACCUUCAUGACGGCGCCUCCUGCUAUUGUCAACACCCUCGAGCCGACGAAUGUCCCCACCCUCAAGGUAAUCGUCACAGGCGGUGAAAAGAUGCCCGCCAACCACAUCGACCGCUGGGCUGAUCGGUGCGUUAUCAAUGCCUAUGGCCCCUCCGAGGCCAGUGUCGUUGCCACAAUUGGUGUAAAGGUCGAUUGGGAUGGUAACCGUGUGAACAAUGAUCCCACGUCCAUUGGAACAGCACCGAACUGCAGAAUAUGGAUUGCGGACCCGAAUAACUCUCACCGUCUACUACCCGUUGGCGCUGUUGGCGAGUUGAUCCUCGAAGGAAGCAACAUUGCCCGUGGAUACCUUGCCAACGAAGAGAAGACCAAGGCCUCUUUCUUCGAGAAUCCUGUUUGGAGUCGCCACCCUGGGUUACAAGGCGUGUUUAAACGCAAUGAUCGCCACUACCGCACUGGCGAUCUUGUCCGGUACAACAGCGAUGGCAGCCUGGCCUUCAUCUCCCGCAAAGACACUCAGAUCAAGUUCAAUGGCCAACGAAUUGAACUGGAAGAGAUAGAACAACAGUGUCUCCGUUGUUUGCCUGAAGAUUCUCAGGUUGCGGUUGAUGUGGUGGUUCCCGAGGAACGCACCAUCGCUAAGGGCCUCGCUGCAUUCUUCACCGUUCAUGAUCCAGAUUCAAAUGGUGGCAGCAGCGAUCAAUUCACUCCCACUAUUCCCGGAGCCGAUCCUCUCCUACUGCCCAUUUCUGUGUCUAACAUGGAUGUCAUUCAGAAGUUGAAGGGCUCUUUACCCGAGCUUCUCCCCCAGAGCAUGAUGCCCCGUCUCUUUUUCCCUAUCCGCAACUUGCCCUUCACUUCCUCAGGAAAGAUCGAUCGCCGAAGACUGCGGGCCAUGGUCCAAACUUUGUCUAAGGAGACUCUCAAGUCUUACAUUACAUUCGAGACCUCCGACAGAAGGGAGGCUUCUUCAGCUACCGGCCUCGAAAUCAAGCUGGUGGCUCUUGUGGAGAAGACCCUUGAACUUGAAGCCGGCUCUGUGACGGCCGAUGACAGCUUCUUUGGCCUAGGCGGUGACUCCUUGUCCGCCAUGAACCUCGUCGGCGCUGCUCAAGCAGAAGGCAUUGAACUUACCGUCUCUACCAUUUUCAACUCCCCAAUCUUGAUCGAUAUGGCUAAAAGCUGUGUCGUGUCUGACGGAGCCGCUGAAGUUCAGAAAGAACAUAUCAAGGCAUUCUCAUUGGUACCAUCUGGAGUCGACCUUGAGAGUGUGAUGGAUGAAGUCACCGAUAACUGCGAAUUGUCCAGGGACCUCAUCAGCGACGUUUACCCGUGCAGUGCUGUGCAGGAAGGCCUUCUAACGCUCUCUAUCAAGCAUAGUGGUGCUUAUGUUGCUCAGCCCUCGUUCCGCCUUGCUGCUGGAAUUGAUGUUGGCCGAUUCAAGCAGGCCUGGCAACAAACCGUGGCCGACUUGGAAAUUCUUCGCACUCGCAUUGUUCACACCGAAGCUAUGAACUUUGCUCAGGUUGUCUUGAAAGAUGCCCCUAUCUCAUGGAUCGAAGCAGAGUCAUUCGAUGCUCUGCCUGACGACUUCCUUAACCUUCCCAAGGAGAACGGAGCACCGCUGACUGCUUACGCCAUUGUGCAGCCUCGUGGCUCGCCUGCUAGCUACUUCGUGUGGUCUGUUCAUCACGCACUUUAUGACGGAUGGAGUAUUCCUUUGGUAUUCCGCAAGGUUGAAGAGAACUACUUCGCAUCGCAGACCAAGCGCGCUGGUACCCCUUACAGCUUGUUCAUUGAUUACUUGGCGAAGAAAGAUAUGGAGAAGUCGGACGCUUUCUGGAAGUCUUAUCUGGCUGAUCUGUCGAGCACUCCCUUCCCCCUCAACAAGAACGCGCUGCCUGGUGCCAUGCGUGCUGGUAACACCCAGCACCACAGCAUGAAGAUUUCCCGCGCCCGUAGUAGCGUCGACUUCACAAUCCCUGUCCUCAUGCGCGCUGCUUGGGCAAUCGUCAUUGCCACCCACACUGCCUCUGGUGAUGUCUGUUUUGGCGAGACUUUGUCGGGCAGAAACAUCGAUCUUCCCGGUGUUGCGGAUAUUGCCGGUCCUGUUCUAACCACUGUCCCCACUCGCGUCCAGGUUGACAAUGGAAUGUCUACCCUGCAGUACUUGCAGAAUAUUCACCAGUCAACUACCGAGAUGAUUCCGCACUUGCACUCCGGUCUUCAGCGAAUCCGGCAGCUAAACAAGGAUACCUCCACGGGCUGCGACUUCAAAAACCUCCUUGUCAUCCAGCCAGGUGACGGCGAGCUUGACAAUAAGAUCUGGAUCGACGAGAAACGUCAAACAAGCGAAGACUUCUUCACUCACCCUCUUGUCGUCGAAUGUGGUGUCACCAAGACGAGCAUCUCAUUCACAGUCCACCACGAUGAGCUUGUCAUCAACGGAUGGCAGACCAAGCGCAUUACCGAGCAAUUUGCGCAUGUGCUACAGCAAUUGAUCAACAUGCCUAAGAACAGUACGAGCAAGCUCGAAGAACUGGAGGUCAUCAGCCCCGAAGACAAGGCUGAAAUUGGUACAUGGAACCAGCGCACCCCGCUCACAGUGGAACGGACUGUUCAAGAUCUCAUUCGUGAUCGAUGUGAUGAGACUCCAAAUGCCCAGGCUGUAUGUGCCUGGGAUGGCGAUCUUACCUACAGUGAAUUCUGGGAUCUCGCAUCCGGCUUCGCCAACUACCUGGUCUCUCGUGGAGUUGGCCCAGAAGUGUUCGUUCCAGUUUGUCUGGACAAGUCUGCUUGGGCAAUGGUCACGCUCAUCAGUAUUCUCAUCGCUGGCGGUGGGUACGUGCCUCUAGAUCCCUCCCACCCUACCUCGCGGCACGAGGAGAUCCUUGCCGACGUCGGUGCCAACAUGAUAUUGUGUACCCCUAACUACACAAACCGCUACAGCCGAGUUGUGAAGACUGUUAUCCCUAUCAGCAAGGAGACCAUCAAGGCAUAUGGCAGUCUCAAGUCAUCUCUCCGUCGACGCACUGAAGUCAAGCCCCACAACAUGGCUUAUGCUCUGUUCACAUCCGGUAGCACCGGUCGAGCCAAGGGGAUCAUUGUUGAGCACCGCAACGUGGUCAGCAGUAUCAUGGCAUUCGCGCCGUGGGUCCGCAUGGAUGCGACUUCGAGGGUAUUCCAAUUUGCCUCCCUCACUUUUGACGCUGCUGUUAUGGAGACCCUCGCGAUCCUCAUGGUGGGCGGUACAAUCUGUGUGCCCAGUGAGGAUGAUCGUCUCAAUGAUGUUGCCGGCGCAAUUCGCCGACUCAAUGUCAGUUGGACUUUCCUAACUCCCUCAAUCGCAAGCAUCAUUGAGCCUACCUCGGUCCCCUCCCUGAAGCACCUCGUUUGUGGCGGUGAGAAGAUGUCUAAUGAAGUCAUCACCAAGUGGGCCAAUGCCGUUCAUCUCAUGAACGGGUAUGGACCCACGGAAACCUGCAUCUUUGCUGUGGUUGAUACUGCAGUGGCCGCCAACCGUGACCCCGGUCGUAUCGGUUAUGGCAUUCCAAGCACCCUCACCUGGAUUGUUGACCCCGACAACCAUGAUCGGCUGACUCCACUGGGUGCAGUCGGCGAACUUGCCCUCGAAGGCGCUCCUUUGGCUAGGGAGUAUCUCAAGAACCCCGAGAAAAACGCAGAAGCAUUUACCUCGGACCCAGCCUGGAGCAAAGACUUCACGUCUGUGGUACCGGGUCCUCGCAGAAUUUAUAAGACUGGUGAUCUUUGCUACUACAGUCCGGAUGGUUCUAUUCAGUACAUUAGCCGCAAAGAUCAUCAGGUCAAGUUGCAUGGUCAACGGAUGGAGCUUGGCGAGAUCGAGCAUCGCCUUUCUGAGGAUACCCAUACCCGUCACGCUGUCGUCGUUCUACCCAAGAAUGGCCCGCUCAAGCAGCGCCUGGUAACUGUCAUGUCUUUGAACAGUGUCGCAGCUGAUACCAAGUUAAUUUCCGAUAAGCCCUGUGAGCUUGUUGAUCAGGAUGAGCUUGAGCGUCAUGCUUACAACGAGCUGGUCGGAGUCCAGCAGAAUCUUGAGAACCAGCUUCCUAUUUACAUGGUCCCGCAGACUUGGGCUCUCAUUAAAAAGCUCCCCAUGCUUGUUUCCGGGAAGCUCGACCGCAAGAAGAUCACCGCUUGGGUUGAGAAUAUUGAUGAUUCAUCGUACGAACGCAUCAUGGCGGAUUAUGAUCGCAUCAAGCGUGGCAAGACUGAAGAGAAAUUGCAAGAAAAGGACGAGAACAAUGGCCCGCUCAACAUUGUCCGUGAAAUCUUCGCACAGGUUUUGAAUAUCUCCGUAGAGAAGGUCAAUGUGGACCGUUCUUUUGUUAGCUUGGGGGGCGACAGCAUUACUGGAAUGGCUGUUAUUUCUCGUGCUCGCAAGCAGGGACUUGUUCUGACGCUCCACGACAUUCUGCAGAGCAAAUCUGUCAAGGAACUUGCUCAAACUGCCAGUUCCAAAGCACCUGUCUCUCACCGUGAAGAAAAGUCUGGUGAAGGCUUUGCGCUUUCGCCUGUUCAGAGGCUCUACUUCCAGAGCUCAACCGCUUUCAAAGGAGACGCUCGUUUCAACCAAAGUAUCACUGUUCGCAUCGCUCGCCGUUGUGAGGGCGAGGUGCUCAAGCGCGCUCUCAAGGCUGUUGUUAGCCAGCAUGGCAUGUUCCGUGCACGCUUCGGCAAAUCUAGUGGCGGCACCUGGCAACAGAAAACUACGGCUGAGGUUGAUGAAUCUUUCCGAUUCCGCGUUCACUCGGUUCAGGAUACCCGGGCGAUGGUUACGAAGAUUGCUGACAGUCAAACCUGCCUGGAUCCUGUCAAUGGACCUAUUAUGGCAGCUGAUCUCUUUAACCUUCGCGCCGGUGGCCAGGUCUUGUUCCUCGUCGCUCACCAUCUCUGCAUUGAUAUGGUAUCGUGGCGCAUCGUCCUCCAGGACCUCGAAGAGCUCGUUGUCUCCGGAUCCCUCUCACUUGACAAGGCAUUGUCCUUCCAAAGCUGGUGUGGCAUGCAAACAGAGAGAGCCAAGACGCACGAUGCGACUAUUGCACUGCCUUUCACCCCCGAGAAGCCAAAUUUGCCUUACUGGGGCAUGCAAGACUCACCAAAUGUGUAUGGCGAUAUCAAGAUGGAAUCCUUCACAUUGGGCGAGGAUUCUACCAAAUUUAUCCUUGACGGUUGCCACAGUGUCUUCCGGACUGACACCGUUGACAUCUUGCUGUCUGCCAUCAUUCAUUCCUUUGGUCGCACUUUCACUGAUCGCAGGAUGCCAACUAUUUACAACGAAGGGCAUGGCAGAGAACCCUGGGAAGCCGACAUUGACCUUUCGAGAACAGUUGGAUGGUUCACCACCAUGGCCCCUUUGUUAGUGGGCUCGGAAGCUCGUAAGUUUUUGAAACCUCAUUUCGCGGAUGGAAAGCUAACAAGAAAAGGUGCUCUCAACGACAUUAUCAAGCGUGUCAAGGAUACCAGACGAAAGAUAGCAGACAAUGGCCGUCCUUACUUCGCCAAAAGUCUACUCCAGGACCAGGCUACUGAUUUCCCUGUCCCGAUGGAGAUCCUCUUCAACUACCUGGGCAAAAUGCAGCAACUUGAGCGGGAGGAUUCGUUGUUCCAACACCAUGGAAGUGUCUUUGACAGCUCAGACUUUGCCGUUGCAGGUGAUAUGGGCCCUCGGACAGCUCGUUUUGCUCUAUUUGAAGUGUCUGCCAUUGUCAUCAAGGAACGCUUGAAUGUUGCAUUCACCUACAGCAACAAAAUGCAGCAUGAGGGCUCAAUUCACCGAUGGAUCCUCCAGUGCAAGCAGACUCUCGAAAAGGAUAUUCUCACUCUGAAAACGGCGACUCCAGAGCCCACCCUUAGCGAUUACCCCCUCCUCCCAAUCAACUACCACGGCCUUCAAAUGCUCACCACCAGCACCUUCCGCAAGGCUGGCAUCCGGAACAAGGAUCAAGUCGAGGACAUUUAUCCCUGCUCCCCCAUGCAGGAGGGCCUGUUGCUCAGCCAGCUCCGGGAUCCCAAUGCCUACAUGUUCCAUACGGUGUUUGAGAUUAAAGAUGGCAAAUCUGGCACGGUCGAUGCCGAAGGAGUUGCUCACGCCUGGCAGACCCUUGUCGAUCGGCAUCCUGUUCUGCGGACUAUCUUCAUCGAUAGCAACUACACUGGUGGAUCAUUCGAUCAACUGGUGCUCAAGAGCCUCUCAGGCAAUAUCCUCCGUGUGGAAUGUCGCGACUCACAGGUUGAGGAGAAAUUGGCUGCUAUUUCCCUUCGCGACUUGAACGCGAUGCGCCAAACAAAGCUUUCUCAUCAACUGACUGUUUGCAAAACAAACACCGGACGAGUGAUCCUGAAGCUGGAGAUCAAUCAUGCCAUCAUCGACGGUGGCUCGGUAGAUGUACUUCUCCGUGACCUUACCCUUGCCUACGAGCAAAAGAUUCCCGAGGGUUCAGGACCUCGCUUCAGCGACUACAUCAGAUUUAUCAGAACACAAAGCCAGAGCGAAGCUCUCAGUCACUGGAAACAAUACCUAGGCGGAGUCCACCCAUGUCACCUCGCCCCAACAGCUGUGUUCGAAUCCAAGAGAGAACUCAAGGGUGUCAUGAUGAACUUCCAGCGAUUCCCUGAGCUACUCAAGUUCUGCGAGCGCAGCUCUGUGACUCUCGCCAAUUUGACGCUGUCCGCCUGGGCUCUUGUUCUCCGACAGUUCACUGGUUCUGAUGACGUUUGUUUCGGAUAUCUUUCUGCCGGUCGCGAUGCCCCUGUCAACGGUAUUCAGGACAUGGUUGGAAUAUUUAUUAACAUGCUCUGUUGCCGAGUCCAAUUCUCUGACCAGCAAACUCUGACGGAUGUGUCCAAGAAUGUUCAAGAUGAUUAUAUUCGAUGCAUUCCCCAUCAAAGCUGCUCUCUGGCGAGCAUCCAGCAUGAGCUUGGCUGGCAGGGACAGUCCCUCUUCAAUACUACCUUGUCAAUCCAAAACCACUCCGUUGCGGGUGGUCCUAAGGACAAGGGAUUGUCUUUCAAUCUUCAGCACGCACAUGACCCGAGCGAGUAUGCCGUCACUGUGAACGUUGAGAUUGCACGAGGCCAGGAGGGUAUUCUUUUGAGAUACUGGAACGAUAUUGUGUCUGAUGAUGAGGCACAGUGUUUGGCUGACACCAUCGCCAAAGUAUUCACUGGCUUCAUUGAAUCCCCAUCUGCGACCCUGUCACAGUCCACAUUCGCUCCCGAGGCUGAACCCGAGUCAGUGGAUUGGGGCAAUUCCCAAACCACACUGGCCGAAAAGGCAAAGCCGACCGGCGAUGCGAUUGAUAGUGCUGCUAUUCAGAAACUCAUUGAUGACCGUGUUCAUGAAAUUAUUGGUCGGAUGUUGAGGGAAGGAAAACUGACGGUGCCUCCCAUUCGUACGGAUGGGUUGUCCGGCUAUGGGGGUCACAGUGCUGCCAUAACCGAAUCACCGUACCAUGAGGACGGGCUAUCGGCUGAGGUGGAAAAGAAAUUGUGGAAUCUUUGGAGCACAGCUCUUGGUCUCUCGCCUAAUGUGGUGAGACACCAGGAUAGCUUCUUCAAGUUGGGUGGUGACAGCAUCACUGCUAUGAAGAUGGUCAGUGCCGCUCGCGAAGAGGGCCUGGUCCUUACUGUUGCAGAUGUCUUCAACAAUCCUGUCUUCGAGGAUAUGCUGACAACAGUGCAAGCCGCCAAUGUUACUCAGCAGAUGCUGAAUGUCGAUCUCAAAUCCGGCGGUCACAAGGAGGUCGAUAGUGAUUUGAUCAAUAUCACACCAACGACACUGGGGCCUAGCCCCUCUUCAGAGAGCCUCGAGGUUCUCAGGCCAUCGUGUGUUGACGAUGCCGCGGUGCAGAGCGGUAUCUGCCCAAAGAUUGGUGUCUUCAAGGGUGGCAUCGCCGAUGUUCUCCCCGUCACUGACUUCCAGGCAAUGUCUCUGACGGCAACUCUGUUCAAGUCCCGAUGGAUGCUUAACUACUUCUAUCUGGAAGGCAAUGGUCCCUUGGACUUAAGACGCCUUCGCGAGAGUUGCUUGAAGGUUGUCGCUGCGUUUGAUAUCCUGCGCACAGUCUUUGUGUGCUUCCAUGACCAGUUCUUCCAGGUUGUGUUGCGCAAGAUUCGUCCCAGCAUCUUUGUUUAUGAGACAGACCGCGCUCUGGAUGAAUUCACCAUGACCCUUCAACAGAGGGAUCGCGAAUAUGGACCGCGCGAAGGCGAGCAGUACGUGCAGUUCUACGUUGUUAAGAAAAAGGGCAGUGACCAGCACCGUAUCCUCAUCCGCCUGUCGCAUACUCAGUACGAUGGAGUGUGUUUGCCAAAGAUCAUGUCUGCCCUUAAGCACGGAUAUGAAGGCACCCCGCUGCCACCGGUUACUCCUUUCGCUGGCUACUUGCGACAACUGCCAGGAACAAUCACUCCAGACCAUUACCGCCACUGGACCAAUCUUCUCAAGGGCUCUCGCAUGACUCAAGUCGUCCACAGAAAUGGUACCAGCAUGUUCCAAAACAUUGGAGCAUUCACCGAAAUUCACAGAAAGAUUGAAAUUUCGCCGACUGCCCUUGGAAAUGUCACUAUCGCGACUGUCAUGCAGGCUGCCUGGGCUCUGGCACUUGCCAAACUUACUGCUCAGUCAGAUGUUGUCUUUGGUCUGACCAUCAGCGGCCGUAACGCCACAGUACCCGGUAUUGAAAACACUGUUGGCCCCUGUGUCAAUGUCAUCCCGGUGCGCGUGAAGCUCAACGAGAAAUGGACCGGCGUCGAUCUCUUCCGUUACCUCCAAGAUCAGCAGGUCGCCAACAUGCCUUUUGAGUCUCUCGGCUUCCGCGAAAUCAUCAAGCAAUGUACCGAGUGGCCUGACUGGACCUACUUCACCACCUCGGUCUUCCACCAGAACGUUGACUACGAGGGCACCAUGGAGCUUGACAACAACAAGUACCGCAUGGGUGGCGUCGGCGUUAAUGACAACCUAGCCGAUCUAACCAUGGUGUCUCGCCCCUCCGGCGAACGUGGUCUCGAUGUCACCCUGGGAUACUCCGAAAAGGGACCUAUAAUGCCAUCCUUCGCAAACAAGGUUCUUGACAUGGCCUGUGAGAUUGCCCAAUCCCUCGUCGCAAACCCAACCGCCUCCCUUCCCUCGGCAAGCAUGCUAUGCUCUCUGCCGCCUCAGACAAUCGACGACCUGCCUCGGCCAACAGACGAGAACUUCCUCAGCGCCCAUCUCAAGUCGCGCUCUAUCGCUGAGCUGCUUGUGCAUUCGGAUAUUCUCUCUCGCUCGUGGCACCAGGUCCUACCCAGCCGCACGACCACAGCUCGCGUCGACCCAGAAGCUGACAAACCAAGCCAUGAAUCUGCCUUCCAGUUGGAUUCGUCCUUCUUUGAUCUCGGCGGUGAUAUCUUCAACCUAGCCCAACUUACCUGGCUUCUUGAGCAAGAGGGUCUGAAGGUCCGCCUCGAGGAUCUCAUUGAACACCCAUCUUUCCUUGGCCAAAUGGCCGUGCUGGCUUUGCAUAAUGCCAAGCACCAGGAUGAUGUUCCAACGGAGCUCCUUGCUACCGGUGCUGCAUCGCCUGAUCCUGUCGCUCGUGUAGAAAAGAAGAAGACAUGGGCCAGGGCCAUGACCAUUGCGCGAAGGCUGACUGGGCGAAACAGCGUGAUCUCCAGUCGAGCUUAA